AAGAGUUCAAUAUUUGAACAAUAUGAAGCAAUAAAUGGUUCCAAUGAAAUGAGUUUGAAUGGUAACUCGGGUUAAAAAAAAAAAAACCCUCUUCUCUCUCAAAGUCACAAAUUAAAAGUUAUAGUGAGAAGCUGAGAGAUAAAACAGAGUUUAGAAAUCAAGAGAGAGAAAGUGAAAGAGCGACACUGUACUUCUGCUAUUAACCAUGUUUCCGACGAGUUCUCCGAUUCCAAUAAAUGCCCAGGCGCUAGUUGUCCAAGAUGUUGCAGCUCUAAAUAGUGUAGAUUCAAAUAACUCUUUUGCAAAUACUGCGACUGACGUUUCAAAUGGAGCAAUUCCUUAUGCAAACACCAUAAUGUCUAAUUCUAAGAAAUUGCAAGAUGAAGUAGAAAAAACAGGGAGUAAAAUGAAGCAGCACGAGGACAAUAUAAAAUUUCUUAAGGCACAGAAAAAUCAGCUGGAUGAUGCUAUACUUGAUUUGCAAGUUAGUCUUGGUAAAUACCUUUCCUCAAGUGCUGCAACCAAGACUGAAGAUGGCAACACUUCUCAUGUUCAAAAUGAGGAGGAAACUAUCAAGCAAAUUUUAAAGCAUGAAAAUUCUGCUGCUGGUAUUUAUUGCCAACUCAAAAAUAAUCAUGAUUCUCAGACUUCAAAUCUAUCUUUACGCGAAGAUGUUCUUGGUAUUGUUGCCUCCCUAGGAAAAGUAGAUGAUGACAAUCUCAGCAGGCUUUUUUCUGAGUAUUUGGGCUUGCAGACUAUGCUCACAAUUGUCUGUAAAACUUAUGAAGGCAUCAAAGCCUUGGAAAUAUAUGAUGGUGAAGGACUUGUAAAUAAAGAUUCUGGAAUUCAUGGCGCAGGAACUUCUAUUGGGCGAGCUUUGGAGGGUCGUUUCUCUGUGAUAUGUCUUGAAAACUUAAGACCAUACGCUGGUGAAUAUUUGUCCGGCGAUCCUCAGAGGAGACUUGAUAUUCCAAAACCAAGACUGCCUACCGGUGAUAUUCCAGCUGGAUUUCUUGGCUUUGCUGUAAAUAUGAUUCAUGUAGAUAGGCCUCAUAUCUUUUGUUUGACUUUGAAUGGGUGUGGCCUUAGGGAAACAUUGUUCUACAAUCUAUUUUCACGUCUUCAAGUCUACAGAACAAGAGCUGAGAUGCAUAAUGCUCUUCCAUGCAUCAGUGAUGGAGCCAUCUCUCUGGAUGGUGGAAUGAUCAGGUCUACUGGUGUGUUCUUCCUUGGUAGCAGGGAAGAAGUAGAUGUGAGGUUCCCAAAAUGCUCCAAUAGAGCAAGUCUCCCUGACAAGUAUUACGAGCUUGAAAAUCAGAUAAAACAGAAGAAAUGGGAAAAGGAAAGAAUUCUGGAAGAUAUUCGGAGAGAACAGGCAAUGUUAGAGCAUGAAAAGCAAACCUUCAACUUGAAAAAGCAAAGUUUUAUCAAGUUUCUAGCUGAUAGCUCGACUUUCAUGGCACAGCAACAAUUGCAGACAUCUGCAGUACAAAACAGACAGGUUCCUCGAUAGUCGAUGAUAUGCUCCCGUUAGAGGAUCAAGGCUGUCAUUAUGACCUCGUUGAAGAAUCUUGGUUUGGAGCUAAUCAAGUUUCUCCCUUAACUUCAGGGACUGCAGACAUGGUGGCAGAUUAGGCUCUAGUUGGGUGAUUAGUUUGUAGGUUCUUCGUAGUUGGAAAUUGGAAUCGCAUUGUGAGGUACCAAAUGAGUUCCUUCCAUCUCUUAUCUUGCCCUUCCGCAAGAACAUGAACUUAGGUUUUGGCUUGAAACUAAUCUAACUUGUAUUUUUUACAGCAUUCGAAAGAAAUUUCUUGGGGCCUUUAGGCUUACCCCAGUAUUUUCUCAACACCAGAAUGCUUAUCACGUUUGAAAUACUCCCUUGGUUAGAAUUAGUUGCCAAUUUGUCAUGUAUUGUCCUAAUUAAGGAUAUUACUUGAUUUUCCAAGAAAAGAACAAAUAUAUUGUUAUGUAGAAUUGUACAAAUCCAAGCGAGCUUGGAUAAUUUUGGUAAAAUGGGUUUGUUUGA